GACGGACUUCAUGUGUUGAGCCCUGAGGAACAGUUCAAAUGGCUCAAGUCGAAAGAGGAAGCCUGUCUAGCUGGGAUCUCAAGCAACGCUUCAGCGGCCACAGGUUUGGGGUUGCUGUGUCCCCAAGUGUGGGAUGGAAUCAUGUGCUGGCCUCCCACCCCGGCGGGUAGAGUGCACGAGCAGCCCUGUGCCGAGUACUUCGCUGGCUUCGAUCACCAGGCGAACGCAUCGAAGCUUUGUCUGCCCAAGGGAGAGUGGUUCAGAGACCAGAGCAACACCACAUGGACUAACUACAGCCUGUGCUUCUCCGAUCCGACCAUCACUGUGCCCGUCAACUUCAGCGAUGUGGACAACAACCCCCUCAUUUCGGAGUACUUCCCCGCACUGAAGACCAUCGCUCAGGUGGGGUACGGUGUGUCGCUGUCCACUCUGGUCAUUGCGUGUUGCAUCCUGGCUGCCAUAAAGAAGCUGCAAUGUCCCCGCAACAUGCUGCACCUCCAUCUGUUUGUCUCCUUUAUAAUGCGAGCCUUCAUGGCGCUCCUCAAGGACAUCCUAUUCGUUGGCGGUGUUGGUUUGCGUAUGGACGUCAUAGAAAAAAAUGGCUCAUCCUACUUCUAUGACCAGAACAACUGGGUGUGCAAGAGUGUGACCAGUAUCUGGCAAUAUUGCAUCAUGGCCAACUACUCGUGGAUCCUGAUGGAGGGUCUCUACCUCCACAACCUCAUCUUCCUGGCACUCUUCUCUGAUACCAGCUCCAUUACUCUCUAUGUGGUACUUGGCUGGGGGUUGCCGACUCUGUUUGUGUUGCCAUGGGUGGCAGGUCGUGCUCUGUUAGAGGACACAUUAUGCUGGACCACCAACUCCAAUGAACUGCUCUUCCUGCUGAUCCGUGGCCCCACAACUUUCUCCAUACUUCUGAACUUCGUGCUAUUUUUGAACAUUGUCCGUGUGCUGCUUCUCAAGCUCAGAGCCUCAGUGUGUGAUGAAACCAGAACCUACAGACGGUGGGCGAAGUCUACGCUAGUACUGGUUCCUCUGUUUGGAGUACAUUAUACAGUGUUCCUGGGUAUGAGCUACAGUAUGGGCGUUCAUGCAGGUGUUGAGAUAGCCUGGCUCUUCUGUGACCAGCUCUUUGCCUCCUUCCAGGGUUUCUUCGUGGCAGUCCUGUACUGCUUUCUGAAUGGUGAGGUUCGAGCAGAGUUGAAGCGCCAUUGGCUGCAUUCUGGCAGUCUUCAAGGUUUCUUCUGCAGACCGCUGCGCCCUGGACGCUGCUACUCCAACACUGACUGCUCUUCCCUUAGCAUGGGUCCUCCUGGUGCUGGUGGCUGUCUCAGCAGGAAGUUGCGUCAGGGUGGAAAACGUCUCUCUACAUCCUUUGUGGGUCCUACCACAGAAUCUCGCUAUAGUAGUGCCCCUAAUGCCUCUGAAGCGACUGCUGCACUGGGACUUGACAGCAGAUGGUGCCGCUCAGAGUACAGCAUGCCAGGGUCCCACAUUGAGAUGAGACACAUCAAUGUGCAUUAAGACACUGGACUUGCUCAGCUUUGGAAAUGGCAUGCCUCAUUCUUCUUCAGUGACUAUAAACAGCCAUGGAAAAGUUUCCUUAUUUGUUAAUUUGUUAACUAUAGGACAUAUUGCAUGCAUGAGAUUUGAGGUUCCAGUGACUGUGUAUAUAAAGAGCACUCUCUUCUGGGAUGUGACAUCAUGCAGUCUGGCAGAAGGUCAUUGAUGAAUGGAGGGACUGUACUGCCUCCACAUCCAGGGCUGAAGGAUAAGCCAAGAAAGUGUGAAGCAGCAAGCUACAAGUAACUGGGACUGAAAUUUCUGCUGGGCUGUCAGUAGCAUUCCUGAUAUUUUCCAUUGCAUUCUUCAGUGUCUCCAAGCAACUGAUUGGAUUAGUACUUCAAAUUAAAAUGUGCUGUGUUGCUUUCUAUUCCAUUCUUGUUUCCUGUUUCAUAAUUCUUACUGUACACAGAAUAAUUCCAAUUGGUACAGCCAUCAAUACAUCCCAUAAAAGUUGUCUUAAAAUUAAUGUCUUAACUAAUUGUUUUAAGUGUUCUUUGCUUAAAGUAAACUCAUAAUGUAGAGAACAUGUUUGUCCAUCUAUCUACUUGCACCUUCAUCCACAUAUUUCAUCUGCAGAAGUAUCCUACAGAUUUCAGUAAUCUAUGAGUUGAAUUUACGAAAUUACUCAAAGAAAGGUGAUAAAAAUCAUGAUAUAUAUAUUUUAUAAUAUUUUAAUGUUUGUUCCAUGUGUCAGUAUAUAAUGAGACUCAAAGAAAAUCAUGUCUGAGUCACAGUGUGGUCAGUUGUGCAAUGCCAGCUUCAUAUCAGCAGCAACCAACCAUCAAGGCCUUCUCACACCUGUUAGAACAUUGUAGGCGUCUAUGAGUCAAAUAUUUUAGAAUGAAUUAAGAAGAUUCUUGAUCUCGAUUUGAAUCCUAAUUUUUCAUCCUCAGACUUCUAUAAUUUCCUUGUCACUGCUUUUGUUUUAAGCAUGGGAUUAUAUCAAAAGGGACUGCGACUGUAUUUACCUGAAUGAAAGACAAUUUGUUUCUCAUUUUUAGACUUGCAAAUUUACAAGUCAUCAUUAAUAAUUUGAACUAUGUAUAAAAUGUUUUAACGCUUUUUAAGCAUUUAGCAUGUUCAUAGCACUGAUUGCACCUAGGACAACUCUCAUAUUAUGUAAGAGAAGAAAGUGAGAGAGGCAAUGUUUCAAUGACAGAAGCCAAAAGGUUGCAUUAAGUACCUUCAAAGUUACCAAACAAAAGUGAUAUUUCACUGAUUUAAAAUGUCAUGGGAUCCUGUGCUCACGCAAAUAUCAUUCAACAAAAAAGAAAAGGCAUUUCAUGUCAGGAAAAUAAGUAUUGGGGUGAAACAGAGUAAUGUAUGAGGAAGUAUCAGGCGCUAUCAUUGUACUUUAUACUUUAAGGCUGUGGUGAUUAAACAUGCAGCACAAACAAUGGUGAAGUAGCAGAAAAAGAUAUACUGCAUCUCGCAAGGUAAUGUCCAAAUGUGAAAACAGCAAGAUUAUAAAGAGAUAUUAAGUUGUUUAAUAUUCAGAUUAUUUUAUUUUCUUCCAACUGCAUGUUUUGAUCUAUGAAGAUCAUUAUCAGGUGGUUUCUACGACUGCAUACGUCGUUACUGAAUUAUCAGAAUGGGCAUUUUUUUUUUACCUUUAGAGAGAGUUCUUUUUAAAUUUGUUGUCCUAUUCAUGGCAAGAGGUACGUUGCUUGCUGUGAGGUGCAUAUCACCUUUGCCAAUGAAUCAGAAUGCCUGAUGGCUGAUAACGAUUGGAAUGAAGGGAAGUAAUUAACUUGUGGACCGCUUGGCAGUAUUAUGUUGACUCCCAUAGUAGAGGAACUAUGCGCGGGUUUGAAUUGGGACAUAUAAGAUGAAUAUCUUAACAAGAUUUUAGUGUAUAAAAAUUUAUUAUAAUUGACGAAUAUUUUAAAAUAUUUUUU